AUGAGUGGACCCACCUGCGUGCUCGGCCACUAUGUUUUGACGAGCUACGAGCUCGUCUGCCAGCAGCAAGAGGCGGAGGAAGAGCAUCGCAGGCGGCAGCUCGAGGAACGGUUUUGCUUGCGACAUGAGGAAGACUAUACAUACGUCAGGAGCGCUUCGAAUACGAAUGUGGCGGCGGUGGCAGCAGCAGCAAGAACAUCAACCCCAUCAUGCAUGCUCUUAUGCUCAAUUGGCCUCGCCGCACGGGCUGUCCUGGCUGGCAAGUCAGGCGACUCGGUCCCACUACGAGCAACCGCAGAAGCAGCAGCGACAGCAGCGGCCGGACACAUCCUCCUCCUCGCCUUUGUCUUCAUAUCACGCAAUCACUGUCUCAAGAUCCAGAACAUCCCGGGUGAAUUUGAGGAGCUACAGACAGACGAGCGAGACCGGCCCAUAUUCACGGCGGGACGCAGAAGAAUUUGGGCAGACCCCGUUGCGAUCGUUGGCACGUGCGAGUACAUCUUCUCGGAGGACAUCGGUAUCCUCGGCGAUCUUGUUGCUGGAAAGGGACAGACGUUCGGUACACUGUGUGCGCGGUCCAUGGUAUGGAUUGGCGGCAAGCUGCACCAUGGACAAUCCUGA